CUCGUAUUUGACUGUCCCUUCCCCUCCUUCAUUUUGCGACAACAAAUAACUCCUCUCCUCUCCUCUACUCUACUUCAUCCUCUACAUAGUCGCAUGUGCAUGUUGUAUCCUCUCGCUUCCUAUAAUAUCAUCGAAAUGCUUCUUUGACCGUGAGAAUUGGCGUGUCUCGACCAAUCCUUCGCUGCCCUUCGUUUCAUCUUACAUCAACAGCAAACGCAUCCCACCAGCUUCAUCCGUGAUAACCGACUACCUCAUUGACCAAUUGGCCCAAUGGCGAUAAACAUCUUUUACGGCAGACAACGCCGCUUCGUGUCUCGUCGCUUGACCUAUCUCGUCCUCGUUCUCAUUGUCUUCGCCUAUUCAACCUUGACCCUGCUGUCUCCAAAUGGCGCCCAAACCGAUGCUGCCGAAGAUGCCGCAAAAGCAGACGCUUCUAGCAAGAUCAAGACGUCUGUCGAUGGUAUCCGUCACUCGCUCAAGAAAGGCGUGACGGAGCUGAACCCGUUUCGUGGUCCUGCCCAUCCACCACCGACUCGAGCACAAGAUUCAUACCAAGGCACUUCUUGGUGGGCUGAUUGGAAGUGGUUAUCUGUGCCGUUCUCCAGCUCCCUUACCCUUGAUGAGGAUAGAGCACUGCUUCCCCCGCUCCAGGAUCGCCCAUUCAUUUAUUGCUACUAUGAUGCAACGGUUAAGAAAUCGAGGGAAGAAAAAGAUGCUGACAGCGAUCUUCUUCUGACCUGGCGUCGCGCUUGGUGGGCUCAAGGUUUCCGACCAACCAUUUUGGGUUCGUCUGAGGCCACUGGAAAUCCGAUGUAUCAGGAACUUCAACGGCUUGAGGUUCAGCCCGAACUAAAAGCCGAACUUAUGAGAUGGCUCGCUUGGCAAUCUAUGGGCACUGGCAUGCUGGUGGAUCAUACACUGCUUCCAAUUGCACACACUGAGGAUCCUCUCUUGGUUUUCCUCCGAAGGGGAGAAUAUCCUGCCAUGACCAGGUGGAAAGGCCUCGAAAGUGCGCUGUUUGUAGGCCCUAAGGAAGAAGUCACAAAGACUAUCCGGAUAGUGAUGGACUCGCUUCCACUGAAAGCUGCUAAAGAUGUUAUUGAUGCAUCAACAAAGAGUCACUUCAAGGUUGACAAAGCACAAACUGCGCUGGUGCAUUAUAGCCCAGAGAUCAUCAAAAAGCAAUACCCAAAGGUCCAUGACAGUAUCACUAAUGGAAGGGCAAAAGGGUUAGGAGCUCUCAAUCGGCUUAUCAACGCCCAUCUUCACGCUGCAUGGCAGAGUAGCUUCCCCCAAGGCAUUGAGGUCCUCAAACCCUUUCCUGAGCACACCACCGAGAUGGUCACACAGGCCUUGAAGCUUGCCGACUCCUUAGCCUUUUGCCCCGACAACCCCAUCCCGUCAUCAUGUCCUCCUGGUAUUUCAAGCUGCGCACACUGUGCCGCUGGCACCACAUCUAUGAAGGUCACUACCCCUGAGCAAUAUCAGAACACGAGUGGUGCAUUUGCAAUUGGCACAGUUCCUCAUCCUUGGACACUUGCGACUUUGACAAGCUUCAAGGAGAAGGUGGACGUCAGUUGGAUCCGUAAGGAGGCACCUCGAGACCCUUGGCUUGAGACUAUCACAAAACUGCUUUUAGGCUCCAAGGUCUCCAGUAAUUCGCGAAUCAUGCACUUCAAACAGGCUGUGGCCGGUGAACAUGCCCCUACUCAUGCACUGUGGCUGUCGGCUGAAACUGACAUUCCCCCGGAUCUGGAGUGGUACUUCGGAUUUCGCAUUCCCAAGGGUUUGGGAGAGACAUAUAUGGCUAUGAACGGCAAAAUCGAGCAAGGACCCAUGGCAGGAAAGGCCAAGGCUGAUAAACCAGCAAAGGUCGAGCGUACCGCGAAGGCUGAUGUCGACACAAGGCCUGAGAAGCCUCAGCCUCGGCCAGAGGAUACCCCAAAGGAGAAGGUACUCACACCGGAGGAAAUGCAGGCCAAAGAAAAAUCUCUCCUGGAGCGUGCCAAGAAGAUUGUUGCGCUCAAGAAAUCCACCGAUAAUACUCGACUACGAGCAUCGCUCGAGGCUUGGAACUUGGCUGACACAGAAGCCUGGAAGUUCGCGCGUGCUUUCCUCGCCCGUCGCAGCAUGGAACGGAUUGAGUGGGAGAAGGAGGAAUCCAAGUAUAGCGGCGGUGCUGGCUCUGAGAAGGGACGUAAUGCUUGGAGUCGUUGGAAGGAUUAUUCGAAAGAGCGAGAGUAAGGGUUUGGCCAUCUUCGUGAUUCGACACUACACAACCCCUCGACAACACAUUUGGUUUGCGGCGAAUGGACUCGGGCGUUAAUGGGAUUAUAGUAAUGGCAAUUGAGCAGUGGUGUCUUUACGGGGUGCUGAGUAGGGGGCUUGUCAUUUGACUGGAGUAGAGAUGGCCAGGGACUUUGACCGAUUAGGUGGUCACUCAUGAAUUCAAGAACGAAGCUUUCACCACCCGCCGCGAAAUGAGACUCAGCACGCCAAUCAUAAAACGAAUGUGUCUGUGAACUAACUACCUACUUAACUGACACCAAUGGGUUCCUCGACAGCAGCAACGUCUUCCAGUUACCGCCAUCGAAGUCCCUGGCCUCUAAACGCGGACAGUAUCACCACCCAUCUCACCGCUCAACUCACGAGAGGUCGGGCCACGAUGCUCCAGCGCAGCAGCCUUUCCAAGAGUUCCGUUGGUGUACUUGGAAGGAUAAGUGCCAUUUCCGUUCUGAGCGUGCGCGUUGCUCGUGUAAGAACGAAGAGCAAGACGAGCGGACUCAAGGACCUUCUCAGCGUGGACAACGGCGUCGCGGAGGGCGGUUGCAGUGGGAUCCUCGGAGCGGGCGAGCUGCUCGGCACGGAGCUGGAUGAUGUGUCCGUUGAGCCAGAUACCGUCGAGCUGGGCUUGGGUCAUGUCGCGAGCACCAGAGAUUCGGCCGCGGCAAGAGGGAGUGCCGCAGAGGCAGUCAAAGGGCUGGGCCAUAUGCCAUUCGGUGGAGGGAUAGAAGAACUAGACGACUUGUGAGCCAUUGAACAUGAGAUUCGAGGGGGAAGAACAACGAACUGUGAGCUCAUCGCCAACCUUGAGACCCUUGGGUCCCACGAGAAUGUUCAAGUUUCCUACAUCAAAGAGCUGUACCCUUGCGUUAAUCACAUUGACCCUUUCUGGAGGACGGGGGCGUUCAACAUCUGGGGCUUCUCCUUCAAGUAGGUCAACUAACGAGAGUAGGUUCGCAAGAAUGGUUAAUGUACAGCAAGUCACUGUUCAGGUUGAGAUGUGUGUCGCGGCCGGUCUGAACGGUAGCGUAGGUCGGUUCGCUGGCGGGCGUGCAGGGAGGGAAGUCGAACUUUGCGAAAACUGCAAAAGGGGGGAGAGAAACGCGCGAGAUGCUCUUGGUGGUGAAUUCCUCGGGGUUCACGAUGACGACUUCUUGGAUGUCGGGGUGAGAGGGCUGGUGCCAAUGGGGAGUGAGAGGAGCCAUUGUUGGUGGUUUGGUAGCGGGUGAGGCUUGAGUGAGUAUGAGUUCAGUAUCUGAAUGUGUAAGUUGGAGUGAAACUUGAGGGAUAUUUUUGAGAGGACUUACAACAGAAGUUAUAUGCGUUGUUGUUGAGGAGGAUGUUUUGGAGACGCAGCGUUAGUGAGACCUCGGUCUAAGUGGAGCUAGGUAUAGGUAGUAGGUAAGGUUGCUUCUGAAAGAUGAACUUGGAUCAAUCAAAUACAAAGGUACAAACGAGAACGAGAGCACAAGGAAAUACAAGGAUUCUUAUUUGGUUUCUCAAUAACCUGCUCACAGCUGAUACGCCCGCAUACGUACAGUAGCUUGUGCUGGGCGAAUUCUUUAGCU